AUGGAAUUGCAUGACUGUAUUGAAUUCGAACCUGAAAGCGAUGAUAUACGUUUAGUUGUUGGAGUAGAUUUUGGCACUACAUUUUCGGGGUUUUCUUACGCUUACAUUAAACCAGAGAAAGAGAAGAUAGAAAUUGUAGUGAAUCAAGAAUGGGGCCAUUUCAAAAGUCCUAAUAAAACCAAUACAGUAUUACAAUACGACGAAAGCUAUGAAGAAGUUGUCACUUGGGGAGCUGAUGCAUUAAGCUCUGAGCCUAGUAGAAGAAGAAGACUUGCCAAUAAACCUUUACCAAGACCAGUGGAAUAUUUCAAAUUUUAUUUAGGAAAUGUUCCAGAAAGCAAAAAACCCAAAUUACCUCCUGGAAUUACUUUUGAUAAAGCAAUAACGGAUUAUCUUCGUGAAAUGGUGCGACUUGUUUUCACAGUACCUGCCGAAUUCAUUGAAGAUACCAAGACAAUUAUGAGAAAAUGUAUAUACAAUGCUGGCCUGAUUAAAUCUAUUGGCACACUAAAUCUUCAAUUUACCACUGAACCGGAAGCUGCUGCAAUUCAUUGUAUAAAUACAUUAAAAGAUCUCAAAUUAGUAACAGAAGUAACAUACUUGGUUGUUGAUUGUGGUGGAGGAACUGUGGACUUAACAGUUAGAAAAUUAUUACCAAAUGAACAAAUAGCAGAAAUGACUGAACGUUCAGGAGAUUUUUGUGGAGGUACCUAUGUUGAUGAUGAGUUUUUAAAAUUUCUUGAAAGUAGAGUAGGUAAAUCUGCAAUGAACAUGUUAAAGGAGAAAUACUACGGUCAGGUUAAUUAUUUAAUACAUAAAUAUUUUUGUCCUGAUAUUAAAAUUCCAUUCACUGGUGAAAAAUCCCAAUUCAAAACCAUUGAAUUGGACAUUGAGAAAAAAUGUCCAGCACUUAAGCAAUAUGUCACUGGGUCAGAAAGAGAUCAAUUAUCAGAUGAGGAUGAAUGGGUCAUUGAUCUUGAUUUUGAUACUGUGAAAUCAUUUUUUGAUCCAGUAAUCAACAAAAUUUUGAAGUUGAUUGAGAAACAGUUAUCAAAAUGUUCAGACUGUUCAGUGAUGUUUUUGGUUGGAGGAUUUAGUGAAUCAAAAUAUCUUCAAUCUAGAAUUAAACAAAAAUUUGAAGAUAAAUUGAAAAUAGCAAUUCCACCCAAUCCAAUUACUGCAAUAGUAAAGGGUGCAUGUGAAUAUGGACUUGAUAGGAAGAUUGUAAGAACAAGAGUAUUAUUAUGGUCAUAUGGAAUUAAAAUUAGUGAUAAAUGGCAAACUGGUGAUCCACUAUCUCGUAAAACAAUAAAUGGCCGAAUCUACAAGUUUAGUUUGAUGGCCAGGAAAGGAACAGAGGUGAAUGUUAACAAAGAAUUUUCCAGUUAUUUGGGCCCUAUUAACCCCAAUCAAACCAGUGGAACACUUCACUUUUUUUAUACCACCAAAUAUGAUGCAACAUAUUGUGAUGAACCUGAGGUGAAAGAAUUGGGUAGUUUUGAUGUUGAUAUGCCUGACACUCAUUUGGGGCUCAAUCGUUCUGUACAAGUAACAUUACAUUUUGGAUCUAUGGAAAUUGUUGCAACAGCAAAGAAUAGAACUACUGCUAGCAAAGCUACUUCAACGAAAUUACGUCAACAAAUUUAUGGUGUUCUUGGAAAUCGCGGAUUUUCCAAUAUUGUCGUAGGCAAAGACAAAAAACAUCCAUUGAUAACAACACUACAAAAAGACAUUUUAGAUUUAAUGAAUUGUUAUCGUACAAUUACAAAUCCAAACAAUGUUGCCAAUUGGAAAAUUUUUGAAUAUAAAACAAGCAUCAAUACUAUUAUGAUGAAUGCAUCUUGGGAUGGACAUGAUCUUGAAGAUUUAUAUGUUGAUAUUUGUGCAUUUCCAAUAAUUGGAUUUAAUCUUUGUGAAGCUGAUAAAGUUGAUAAAAAUUUGAAAGUAAUCUUUACGGAUAAAAACCAAGUUGUUAUUUGUUACGUAGUGUGA